AUGCUAUGGCUGGAGUUUCGAGAAUCCAAUCCUGGCAUUUCGUAUUUGACGUUCUGGCGCCGGUACAAGAAUACUUGGAAGACAGUGUUAAAGUUCUUGGCACCUACAACGCACUCCACGUGCGACACGUGCCUGGAUUUCAAAACCCGGUUCAAGCGAGCAUUCGACAGCCAAAGCAAGUACAACGUUGCACGAGAGUACAAGCAGCACCUUGAUGAAAUCCGUGCCGACAGGCUGGACGGGCAUUUGCCAGUCACUUUCCGGGGCGGCCUCAAGGACGACGAAACAGGGCACCAUGCAUUUCUGUUUAUGCUCCGACGAGACGUGCCACGGAACCUGAUCAUCAAGGUGGACGACCAGACAGGCCUUGAUUUGGAGGCUCAUGAGUUGGAUGUGAUCAUCAUGGUGAAAAGAAGGGCCUCUGAUGAUUGUCUUGCCCAGGAGGCUUUACUGGCCAUGCCCUACCAAUUCAUGGUGCCAAUCUUGAACCAGGCGUCUAAAUGCUCAGGUGGGACGGGUCGUGCUCCCUGUUCUGAAGAGAUGCUGCCCAUGAGCCUCCUUGGCGCCAGGUUGAUGUUGAACCGGAAUGCAAGGCAGGCAAGCAUGGGGCGCUUAGAGUUGAAGGCCGCUGUCCGUGCCGUGGCCGCGGCGACGGAUGGGAGGACCACACAACUAAGCUUUGGCAUCGCUUCAGCUCGCAGCCUCGGAUUUCCUGCGGGACAAUGGUUUCGAGCCAGCCCCAUCUGCAUCAGCUUCAGCAAAGCUGGAAAGCGACAGGGGACAUCCGCUCCCAGUUACCAGUGUCACAAAGCAUUUUAUGAGAAGAUCGCUGGAACACACGACGCCCUUCUCAUUGAGAAUGUUCCUGAAUACCCCCAGCGAUAUGCCAUUUGCUGGAGGUCAUCGAAAAUCUCCUGGCGGCCCGAUGUGGAUCUCGACGCCGUCAUCGAGUCAGCGAAGGUCCUUGAUGACUACAGGAAGUUGCUGAAGGUGAAGUGCCCUGACCUCCAGCAAUACCCAGCAAAUGGCCGGGGACGGGGCGAGCUCCGAGAUGGAACCUUGCAAACACUGACCACCAACAGCGACAAGGAGCGGUUCUUGACCGGAGAUGAGGUUGAGGGCUGUGAUGAAGUGAUCUCAAUCCCCUUGAUGGCUUUUCGCUACCAGCUCCCUGUGGAUGGGCUUCCCAUAUUGCACUCAUGGCUUCGGGUGCUGAAAGAUGUCCUGCUCUGUGGGUUCGAAUCUUGGAGAGAAACCCUGGAAGUAAAGUCCAUGGUUGCCAUGCCCUAUGGCCAGCCAAUGGACUUUGGGCAGGUUGGUGUCCAUGCAGAAGUCUGGGAGCUCCUGGAGAUGCAUUUGCAUGCCUUCAAGUUUGAGCAGGACUACAUGAGUGACGCCGAGACCGCGCUUGAAGUUCUUGACCCUCAAUUCAACCCAGAAGAGACUACCAUGUUCAAGGAACACAAGCCUGAAGAAGUGGAUGCUGUGAAGGAACAGGUGGCGCAGUGUGAUGCCCAGGUGUCUGUCCUCAACCAGGACGCGCGAAAAGCGCAGUUCGAAGCGGACUGCCUGGCCCUCGCCAGAGACCUGGCACAGGUGGCGAGCCUCUACAAAGUGAUUGAGAAGGGGGAACGUGGGCGAAGGUCAGACAAAGACCGAGAACAAAACACGUUCAAUGGCUGCCAGAUCAUGUUGGACAGGAUUUUGCUGAACUCUGUGCUGAUGAAGUCGGGAGUUUCAUCUGGGGGCACUGUGGGCAUCAUGAAUUUGACCCCGUACGACGCAUGGUUGGAGCGGACUUGCCACAAAGGAUUCGAUGGGAUGACCUUCCGAACGGUUUCAACCACCAAGAACCUGCAGAUCAGUCAGUAUGUUGAGAAGGUCCUAGCAUUAGAUUUGAUGGAGGACUGGCAGCUGAACACUGAGUGGAAAGCUGGCAAAUCACCACGAUUUGCCAAUGUCAGGCCCUACGAGAAGGACCCCCCACCGCCACCUCCAGGUCAAGGCGAAGUGGAUCCAUCUGCCUAUCCACUGAAGGUGGUGAAGUUGGAUUUUGAUGUGGACCCAUCCAAAAAGGGUUGGGAUCGGCUGAAGUUAAGCAUCCCUCCAUGCAUCCGAAGCCGUCACAUUGAAGACCCUGUAUAUGGACCAGAGUGGACAAAUCUGUUGGCUGAUUUUGAUUCACAGUACGGCAGAAAGAAUGCAGCUGAGAUCCAAGCGCUUGUGGUGGCAGCUCAGGAGGAACAGAAAGCACCUCCAGUCAAGAUUGUUCCGUGGGAAGAGCCUGUUGCUCUUGAGCAGGUCAUGGACCAGUAUGUGGUUGAAACCAAAUUUUCUGGCCGUAUGGCUGGCACGAGCUUGCUGCUGGUGCGGGCUAGGCGUAGGGAUGGAUCUCUGUCCCAAGUGGUUGAUGACCAGGAGUUCAAGUUAUUCAUUGUGGUUUGGCGUCAUUUCAUGGGGAGGAUGACUGAUCAAAGAUGA